AUGGAACCAGAAGCCCCUUUGUACAACGAGUCAUCCGUCAUCAGCGCGGCAAGCGGGGGCGCAGCUCCGUCGUCGCCUCGCGGUGAAAACCAUCAUGGCGACUACAAUCAUCACAACAACAGCCCACACAAUGUGUUUGAAGUUCUUGCUCCGCGAAGGACUGAAGAGGAUGAAUACCUCGACUACCAGAACCAAGGGACCAACGAGGAACCCGAGGCUCCUUGGAUGCAAGGCACCGUGAUUCAAAUUGACGAGAGUCCUCCACCACCGCCGCAACACGCUCCCCCCAACUCAAGUCAGGAAGAGUCGGUGAUUGAUGAAACUACUUUCAUCAAAGCCGACACCUUUAUUCAAAGCAAUGAUCCAAAAGCAAAAGAUAAGACAAACGAAGACGACACCGCCCCACAGCAAACGCAACAACUGCAAAAGGGAGGUGAUCUCCGUCACCUCAUGCUCGGUUGCAUUCGAGACCGACACGUGACACACAGUAUUUUGUAUUUGGGCAUCGUUUGCUUCCUCCUUGCCUGGUGGAUUCAGGCGAUUCGGUGGCGACGCAAUGAUUGCGAUCGUAUUCGGUCCUACCGUCUCGACGACUACCCCGAAUGCAGUGAAUUUUUUGGCCACGAGAAUUACACAUUCCUCCGAUGGUUUAUCUUUGUCUUUGGCUACGUGUUUUUCCUGGGAGAAUUCUGGUUCUCGUCCACUGGAAAAUACCUCAAGAACAUUCAUUCCAAUGAAGAUCUUCACCAGUAUUUGAAGAGAAUGUAUGCCACAGCUCCCACCCUUUCUAUUACAAUUGAAUGCUACCACUAUGAAACAAGGGUGGUCCACUACACAGAUUCCAACGGGAACAGUUGCACCAGAACAGAGACCUAUCCGGUUGUCACAUAUGUGGAAACGGAACCAAUUCACAUUCAAUCUUGGGAGGAUCAGUCAGUACCAUUGGAUCCAAAACUUAUCCAGUUUGAAGUGACCAAGGUCCGCAUGCACAAAACAUACACGGGGGACGCCAACCUCGCCGCAAAGAGCGAAGAUUUGAUCCGGCGCAACCGCUAUCGAGACCUGUAUUACAAUUUUAGGACCAAUUACGGAAUUGAAGGCUUCAAGGAACGGCUGCUGGCAUUUGUAGAUCUUUCCAAGAAGCCAUCCAUGCUCAACUAUCCAGCCUGUCUCAUUUCGCACCUGCUGAUAUUCCCAGCUCUGCCGUACCGUCUCUGGCUCAGUGCUAUCACUGGAAAGCUGGACGCUACAAUCCACAAACGCGUGGAGACGGGGGACAGCCCAGCAAUGCCUGGACAGCCCGCGAGGUCAUUGCAAUCGAGCCAAUCUUUGGAUCAACCCAGCGAACAUCCUGAUGUGGAAUUGGGACAACCAAAACCUAACAACCACCGCUCCAGUUCGAACAUGACACCCGUUCAAGCGGUCCCAGUGCCUGUAGUUCCGGCGGCCCCCGUGCCGGGGGCGACAAUGUCCGAGAAUCACGAGGAUGGUUCGGUGUUGUAUGCCUAG